AUGAGCUGCAGCAGUGUUGCAGAAUCGGAGUUCUCGGAGGAAGAGCUGGAGCUUGGCGUGCUGUGCCAAGGGGAGGACGAGGGAAGUCCCAAGGCGCCUUUCCAAGACAGCGAGAGCUCAACGUGCAGCCCAAGCGACCCCGAAGAAGGCCAGACCAAGAAGCGCAACCGUCCCGUCCGCUCAAAGGCGCGAAGAAUGGCCGCCAACGUCCGCGAGCGGAAGCGCAUCAUGGACUACAACCAGGCCUUCAAUGCCUUGCGCGUCACUCUGAACCAUGACCUCAGCGGCAAACGGCUCUCCAAGAUCGCCACGCUGCAGAGGGCCAUCAACCGCAUCUCUGCUCUCUCGGUAUUCCUGAGCUCCAACCCCACGAGCAAGCCCUGCACCCACCGGGAGUGCAACAGGUCGUCAGCGGGGCCAGCUGCGAUGGGAGCAUCUCGACUGGAGCAGACCAGGGCGACGGUGCCUCGCCUGGAGCACAUGAGCUAUGGGCCCUGGCACACAUCCAUCUCUCACCAGAUGCAGCCACAACAAGGGCCUCACUCGCACCGACUGCCCACGGAGCCGCAUGUCUACAUGGAUAACGCCGCAUCAUCGUGUCCCCCGUCUCCACACUACCCUUGUUAUCCCACCGAGGGACAGCUUUACGCCUCGUAUGGACACUGUGGCAGCCCCCACGACCUUCCGCCUAGCCCUCUGCGGUACCCCCAGGUGGGUGAGGGGUUGGGGUACCAGCCAGGCGUGUGGGCCUCCUGCACUCAGAAAUACAUGGACGCUUUUGUGGAGCCUCCUCCAGCUCUGGGGCUUCCCUGGCAGGUGAGCUACCCGGAGCACAGCCUCUCUCUGGGCUCUGACAUACUGUGA